GGUCCAGUAUUUUGUCCUAUGAUACAUUGUGCUCUUGAGGGCAAAAUGUCCUUUUUUAGACUAUUUCUUAUUGUUGGUGAUAACAGCGAUUAGUUGUUGGUUCUUAUUUAAGUUGUUCUUGAUGAGUCUGAACACCUUUCUUUACGUUUUGUAGUUUUGGACACCAUUUUUAUGCUUUGAUUUACUUAUCAGCAAAAACAAUCAAAAACACACAAUUUGUAAAAUUUUAACUUCAAAAUAAAUAAACACAUUUCCUAAGAAGAGAACUGAAGAAUUAUUGAUCAACAUAAAGUUAAUAUAUUAAAACAGUCUGGAGUGGGUUUUAAUUGUUUAUUUGGAAACUUUACUCAAGUCUUCUGAAUGCCAGACUAUCACAUCCUUUCAGUCACAUUUAAUUGUUUUUUCACAUUUUUAUCUAAAGGUAAUUUCCUAUAUUUUUCCCCAGCAGGUUUUCCACUUGCUUUAAAAUUAAACCAUAUGAUUAGAGAAGCCAUGACCCCAGCACACUUCCAAUAGCGUUGCACUUCCUGUUUGAUCUUUCUCAAAUCACUUCAGGACUCACUGAAGCUCAGCAAGGACCCUACGUGGUGCUAUAAUCGGCCAACUCUAAAAUAUAAAACCCAUAGUGGAAAAAAAAGAAGAUUUUGUUUGAAGUGGGCCUAGAACGAAUGAAACCACAUAAAGUCACAUAAAAGUUACUUGUUUACAUUUUAAAUUGAAGGCAUUCAUCUAGUCUUCUCUGUGACUAUGACUCGAUAACUAAACCAACCCCUACAAGGCAACAACACUAACAGGGGUUGUAAACAACAUAUAUGUUUGGGUUUUUUAUGGCGAGUUUUUAGUGAAACAGUGGUGUCGAUUGUUUUUUGCUGCUCAGAACAAAUGAUGUUUUAUACUAGAUGAGCAGAACUAAAGAUUAAAUGUUAGUUGGCCUUAAGCAAACUUCAGUUUGCAGACCACUGGCCAACCAACUAAAAGGCUCCUUUGUGAGCUGAAGGUCGUGACGUCAAAUGGGAUCAAUAAAGACAUAAAUUCAUCGUUUCAUCUGGAACAACACAGUGGUGGGAGGAUGAGUCUUCAUGUCCUCCUCCGUUUCUUAACGUGCAUAGCUAAUGAGCCUGAUUCCCCAGAUAAAUUAGGCCAAACUAUAGACUGCUCUUAGAGCUGCAUGAGCUAGCUGACUGUCUUCUAUCUGGGCUAAGAUAAAGGGAUCAUAUGUGUGCAUGUUUUUUUCUUCUUAGCUGGUUUAAAUUCAUUUCACAAAAUGCUGGAAAUGCUUGAAUACAACCACUAUCAGUCCCACCUGGAAAGUCCAUCAAAGUACCACAUCCAACAGGCUCAGAGACAGCAGGUGAGACAGUACCUGUCCUCCACUCUGGGCGGGAAAGCCGGCGGUCAGCCUUCGGAUCCCAGCAUGCCCAGUGGCAGUGCCCCCAACAGUCCCAUGGCCUUGCUCACCCUCGGCUCCAACUGUGAGAAGGAGAUGGACGAUGUCAUCGAUGAUAUAAUUAGCCUGGAGUCAAGUUACAACGAAGAUGUUCUUGGACUGAUGGACCCAGCUCUCCAAAUCAAUAACACGCUGCCCGUUUCUGGGAAUUUACUGGACGUGUACAGCAACCAAGGGCUUCCCCUCACGAGUCUCUCUAUCAGCAGCUCGUGUGCACCCAACAUCAAAAGGGAAUUCACUGCUCCUGGCAUGAAGCAAGUACUGGACAAGCCUGGAUCCUGUGGCCAGUUUGAAAGUUAUCAAAGGUCUGAGGGCUUUCCAGUAGAGUCAGAAGUCCGUGCUCUCGCUAAAGAGAGACAGAAGAAAGACAACCACAACUUAAUUGAAAGAAGACGGAGGUUCAACAUCAACGAUCGUAUUAAAGAGCUGGGGACAUUAAUACCCAAAUCAAAUGAUCCAGACAUGCGCUGGAAUAAGGGCACCAUUCUGAAAGCCUCCGUGGAUUACAUCAGGAAGCUACAGCGGGAGCAAGAGAGAGCCAAGGAGCUGGAGUGCAGGCAGAGGAAGCUGGAGCACACAAACCGCCACCUGAUGCUACGUAUACAGGAGUUGGAGAUGCAAGCCCGUGCUCACGGUCUUACUGUAGUACCAUCGCCAUCUGUCUGCACAUCAGAGAUGAUGGCUCGAGCCAUCAAACAGGAGCCGGUUCUGGGUGACUGCCCGUCUGAUCUCUAUUCCCACAGCUGUGGCUCUGACAUGUCUCCCCCAACCACGCUGGACCUCAACAAUGGUACCAUCACUUUUGACCAGAUUCCUGCUGACGGAGACACAAAUAUCUACCGAAACACCAGGACCUGUAAAAUGAAGGAGUUGGUAAGGGAUAACAGCUUCGGGCCAAUAUCUCCGAGUGAUCCUUUGCUGAGCUCGAUUUCUCCGGAUGUGUCCAACCAAGGCAGCAGCCGCCAUAGCUCCAGUUCCAGUAUGGAGGAGAAGGAACAUGGCUGUUAGCCUGACAUGACAAUGACAAUUCAGUUCAAUUUUUAAAAUGUCUUUUCAACCUCCUGGAAAAAAGAAAUUAGACGUAAUUUUUAUUUGCAACAAGUUUUUCCACUUAUUUUUUAUAUCUUUUGCUGUUUCUGUGAGCCAAGACACUUCUGAUGAUUGUUGUAAUCUACUUUCAGAGCAUGUAGCUGUAAAUCUCAUAAAAGCAGCACGAUUCUGAAGA